CACCGCUCCCCGGGGUGAAAGGUUAGCGGAAGUGCUGGUCUUUCCUUUUUGCUGUAGGCCCGAGUGGUUGCUGUCGAAAUGGGCAAGUUCAUGAAACCCGGGAAGGUGGUGCUGGUGUUGGCUGGACGGUACUCCGGACGCAAAGCGGUCAUUGUGAAGAACAUUGAUGAUGGCACCGCAGACCGCCCUUACAGCCAUGCUCUGGUGGCUGGAAUUGAUCGCUAUCCACGCAAAGUGACAGCUGCCAUGGGCAAGAAGAAAAUUGCCAAGAGGUCAAAGAUCAAGUCUUUUGUGAAAGUAUAUAACUACAAUCACCUCAUGCCCACAAGGUACUCUGUGGAUAUCCCCUUGGACAAAACUGUUGUCAACAAGGAUGUCUUCAGAGAUCCUGCUCUUAAACGCAAGGCCCGGCGAGAGGCCAAGGUCAAGUUUGAGGAGAGGUACAAGACUGGCAAGAACAAAUGGUUCUUCCAGAAGCUGCGGUUUUAGAUCUUUUUUGCUUUGGUCAUUAAAAUUACAAA